AUGCCUCCCAGGCAAUCCAAAACCGACUCGCGCGCUGUGACCGUCCUCUUCAAGAAGCAUAAAACCACUGUCCUUCUGAUGCUCCAACCCCACGAGUCACUCUACUUCGUCAAAAAAAGGCUUCUGGAUGCUCUGAAAUCGCGAAAUAUUACCAACAUUAAUGGCGACAUUGUUCCUGACUCCACCUCCGAUGUUGAGUUCGGUGAGCCUGUCGACCGAGCGGACCUCGAAAAAGGCUGGAAACGCCUCCAGGCAGAUGUACCAGGAAUGGACAACGAGGGUGCCCCGAAAAGAAAUAUGAACCAAAAUGACUCACCAACUGUAAUGGAAGCCGAUCUAGAGAACGGAUAUUCAAUUGCCUUCCGCUUCCACAAAUCCACCGAGGAUCAGAGUGGCGGUCUUGAUAUGGACCUUGAUGGUGAAGAUCCGGGCUGGGAUGUCAUCAUGCCGACCUAUGAAGAUGAGCCAGAGGAACAAUAA